AUGCCUAUCGAGGAAACUGAAACUGAAAUCAUCCUGACACAUCCUAACAAUUCAUCAACAAAAGCAAGAAUUCUAAAGUAUGGUGCCACGGUAUUUUCCUGGGAAUUAAAAGGUGAAGAGCAAUUAUGGUUAUCUACUGCUGCUAAGCUCGAUGGUUCCAAACCGGUUCGUGGUGGUAUUCCAUUAGUUUUUCCAGUUUUUGGUAAGAACCAUGAUGAUGAACAUCUAAGUAAAUUACCACAACACGGUUUAGCAAGAAAUUCCGUAUGGGAAUUUUUGGGCCAAGUGAAGUCUAACCCUCCAACCAUUCAGUUAGGCUUGGGACCUGAGUUUGCUAAUGAAGAGCUAACCAACUUGUGGCCAUUUGAAUACUCUUUGGUGCUAUCAGUAGAACUUGGUGAUGAAUACUUGAAAACUGAAAUUGAGGUACUAAAUACAAGCACUACGCAAAAUUUGAAGUUCAAUUGGUUAUUCCAUACUUACUUGAAAAUUGAUGACAUUGAAGAUACGUUGGUUUCUAAUUUGAGCAGCACCAAAUUGUACGAUCAACUAUUGAAGGAAAGCUAUAUUGACAGACAACCUGUGAUUUCUGUGCAUGAAGAAUUAGAUAGAAUUUAUCAAAAUGUUGACGAAGACAGAAUCAUCCAAGUGAUCGAUAAGGGGUACCCAAUCCAUACCUUGAAAAGACACAACCUACCAGAUACUGUCGUUUGGAAUCCGUGGGUGGAAAAAUCUAAAGGUAUGGCAGAUUUUGAACCAAAGGAUGGGUUUAAAAAUAUGGUGUGUGUCGAACCAGGUCAUGUUCAUGAUUUCGUGGUUUUGGCACCAGGCGAAAACUGGGUUGCCUCCCAGAUUUUGUAUAAAGAUGAAUUGAAGUUCCAAAAGGUCUAA